AUGUGUGCCGUGGGAGGUAUUUUCACAAGUUCUGGUGGCAUAUCUGUGGUAUCCGGUAUGCCGCAUUUUGCAGCAGAGGGCCCACUUGAUGGCGAUCUUGGUGGCCUUCAAGUCUCGAACGUGGGAGAGUCCAGCGGGUCGGAAGCUGGCGCGGAGUUCUCCGACCCGUCAGACGAGGGUGGUAGUGGAGGUCCAGAUAUGCUUCAUGUGGUAUUCGCUUCGGAUGAGAAUCAAGUGGAAGGUGUGCAAGCCAGUGUUGCCUCAGUGGUAUCUUCGACAGCAUCGCCGGACGAGUUGACUAUCCAUAUCAUUGUGCAAGCUCGAUCUCUCAACACUUUCAAGGAGCGUUUCGGCAUUCGUCUGGACUGCCACGCAACGGUCAGUGUGACGGGAGUGUUGAUCAAAGUUCAUUCGGUGGAAGGUCAGCUGAUCGAGAAGGCAGUCGCGAAAGUGUCCGCAAGUUUGCGCAAGGAACGGGGAGCCAUUGACACACCAGAGAAUUUUGCGAGGUUUUACAUGCACUUGAUCUUAGAACGAGCUGUUGUCAUUUAUCUGGAUGCAGAUACGAUAGUUCAGGCUGAUCUAGCGGAGCUACGCAAGCAGCUACUGGCAAGUGGUAAAACCAUUGGCUUUGUGGCGCGUGAAAAUGAGGUCAGAAUGGACAAGUUUCUCAGAAAGCCCAAAGGUUGCAGCGCGCAACUUGGGGCAAGCUGGAAGACACUGAUGUCUCUUCAGGCAUACAAUGUCGGCGUGUUUGCAGUGAACCUGCAACGCUGGAAGGACCAGCACGUGGUGGAACGGGUGGAGGAGCUUGUCACACAACACAACCGCUGUGGCGGCAAGCUCUGGGUUGGCGGCUCUCAGCCGCCCUUGUUGCUGGCUUUUCUCAAUCUCAAGCAGGGAGAGGAGAAGGAUUACAUGGUGUUUCCAGCCGAGUGGAACUACGGAGACUUGGGUUGGCGCAAAACCAUGACUGCAGCCAAGCUUCAAACCAAGAAGGUGCUGCAUUGGAACGGCAACAAAAAGCCGUGGGCUACUGAUGGGCUCUACAAGGAGAUGUGGUUGCCACACCGCCAGCGGUUCGAUUCCUUGUUGAAACCGUACAGUGCGAGCCCAGAGGGGGGCUCGACUCAGCCGCCCAAGAAAGAAGCAACGCCGAAGUUGAAGAAGAGCACUGGUCCUGCGCUGACUACGACCCUCAGCCCCGAAGAGAAAGCAGCCAGAGAAGCUUGCCCUUCCGUAAGGCUGUUGGAUGAGUGGAUCGACGGCACAGGCGCAAGCUGCGUAAUGGGCAAGUCUUACGGUUGCUUGGAGCCACCGAAGGCGGAAGGGAUGUACGCCAUGGCAGGUUGCGCUGGCCUUUUCAGCGUGUCCGGCAAAGCCACAGUUUGUGGUGUUGGACGCACCAAGUGCGAGCCUGGAGCGGUGCCAAAGAGCACAGACUGUGGGCUCAUGAUUUUAACAAGCUACUUUACGACCAAGAAAGAUUGGCAGCGGGGCAAAUAUGUCAAGCCGACUUUCUCCAAAAUUCAGAAGCUUUACCAGACGGCCGUGACCAAUGGCCUCACUGUAAGCAUCCUCUAUGAUGUACUGCCGCAAGAAUUUCUGGAUGCGUAUGGCUCGGAGCGCUUCCGAUUUGUGCAAGUCAACCUGACUCAGUUCGACAGGAGGUAUGGAGUUAACGAUGUGCGCUACUUCUUUUUCGAAAGGUUAGUGCAGCAGAACCGGGACUGGAAAUACAUCUUCAUUGUCGACGCAUUCGAUGUAAGAUCCGGCAUGAGUCCCUGCUCCGGUAUGCAGCCCGGGAAGAUCUACGUUGGAGGUGAGCAAGACAGGCUGAAAAAGCAUCCUUGGAUGAAGGCGCGCUUCCAGAAGAUGGGCGGGAAGUACAACCAGUGGUACACCACCAAGGUGACCGAUAAACUGAAGAUCCUCAACUGUGGCAUCACCGGCGGCCAGCGCGACGUGAUGCUGAAGCUUCUGUCACGCAUGGUGCAGGUUCUUCAAGAUCCAGCCCUUGCCAUCCGACAGAAAAAUGAGGACAUCAAUCUGAAUAUGGCAGCACUGAAUUACAUCCUUUAUGUCGAGUUCGAGGGCAAGUUCCACUAUGGGCCACCGGUGCAUUCGGCAUACAAGAGGUUCGAAAACAAGCGGAAAGACGUUUGGUGGGUCCACAAGUGA